AGGUCACUGAUUGGCUGAUUUUCGGCCGGGUGUCAAUACAACUCUAAUGUGGCGGCGACUGGCGAGGAGCUCCGCUCUGGUGGCUGCCCGCGCGACGGCGGUGCGUCGCGUGGACGUAUCCAGACUCCACACGCGUCUGGCUGUAUGUGUUCCAUGCACUCGACAUCUUGCUGCCUCAAGUCGAGCGCUGAGCUCUUUCUCCAACACUCCCUAUGAAGCCCGCAGUGAUGACAUCAAAGUGCGCGACUUGGCACUUCAUGAGCUGGUGCGGCGGCCGUGGGUCGAGCUACAAGAGUACUACGGACCUGUGGAGAUGUCCAAGGUGCGACAGACACUGCCCAUGACGUGGAAGGAGUUGAGCAUCCACGCAGAUGGAAGCGCAGUAGUAGCUCCGGAGAUUGUUGAGGACUUCUACGAGGCUGCGAGACGCUGCAGAUUGCCUAAGUUGCAGCGAGACGUCUUCAACUACAUGGAGACCCACUACUUGUACCACAUUAGCUUCACGAUGUAUGUGCAAAUGUUCGACAACCUCAUGGCUGCUAAGGAAUUUCAGAGGAUGCGCGGGGUAUAUGAGCGUGGUAUGACUCGAUACGACCACGAACAACGCCAGACCCCGCCCGAGAUCAUCUACCGCAUUGGUAUUAGUGCUGCUAUCGCACUUGAAGACUUCAGAGGCGUGAAGACGCUGAUGCGCGACAUGGAAGCUAACGGUGUCAAGCCUUCCGUUGAAAUCGUAACCCGAGUGAUGGUUGCUCAGGCGACGAAGGGAGAAGUGAAGACCGUGGUGGAGGCGGCUAAAAAGCUGGACCCGCAAGAUGGGAGAAAGUGGCACGAGGCCGACGUGAAUCGCGUAAUUACUAGUCUGGGAAUCGCAGGAGAACCUGAUCUGGCGUUGGACUUCUUUCGAAGAUCUCAGUCACGGUUGACGCCCAAAACACUCAUGAAACUAUUAAUUGUGUGUCGUGAAAACUCCCGGCCGAAGCAUGCACUCGCCCUGCUGGCAAACCGUCGCCGCUUUGGAGUAAAAAUGCUGCCAGCACAGUAUCCGACGAUGCUUGAGAUUGUUGAGGAGUUGGGUAUUGGUGGUGCCCCUGGGAAUGAAUUGGUACUCAUUCUCAAAGAGAUGCGUGACAAUGGCGCGCCGUUCAGCGAUCGCGUACAUGCUCUGAUUGCUCGUAACCUGGAACUUUUGCACGGCACACCGUUCAUGUUGAUCUCGUCACCCUCACAGGACGGUCAUACACAAGCACACGUGGAGAUGGAGUCUGAGUCACGAACAAAAGAGGCAGAUACACCAUUGUUGCACGAGUUGCUGGAUGCACGCAAAUUUGCCCAAGCUGCGGCGAUCGUUGAUUCAUACGCCGUACCAGUGAGCGAUGCUUCUAACCCGACCAAUGGGCAAGAAAAGACAAGCCUCCAAGACGAAGAGGCGAUUAUCGUUCCGCCUUGGUUGGCGGAUAUGGCGGUUGAGGCUUAUUCGCAGAACCAAGAGAUAGACAAAGUGCGUUCCCUUCUGCGGGGAUUUCUGUGCGUGCGUGGGGACUUCAAACACGCACUCUCACGUAUUAUUGGCCUGUUCGGUGGCAAGGGCAGGCUGCGUGACAGUCGCAUGGCAUAUGACGCCUUUUUGGCGAUGCAGUUCCAGGGCCUUCCAAUUUUUCGCGUCCGAGACGCGCUUACACGCUUCAAGCAGAACCAAAAUAGCGAGGCCACCUUCGUGCUACUGAAGCAGGUUUCAAAGCAGAUCGGUGAAGCUUUGAAGGACACUAACUGCGUUAAAACUGCCGCAAGACAUCAAGAGGACUUCAUGGGCGUGUUAAAAAGGUCAGAUGCACUCAGCUUUGACCCGGCACGCACCGUGCGCGAUGUACUACGAAUCUUUUUGAGUUUGAAGAGACUCGACCUGGUCGUCGCUGCACUAGACCAGCUGGAGUCGGAUGGAAUUCCUAUUCGAGCGGUUGAUUAUGAGAACAUCUUCAAUACCAUGACCAAGAACACCAAGGAUGGCAAGUUGUACGCAGCAGAAGACUUUAUGAAGGUUUGGGAGGACAUGACGCGACGAAAUGUUAUACCCAAUAAGGCUACGUUACGCGUGGCCAUACCAGUUUUGUGUGGACAGGAGGGUGUUUGCGACGAUGGAUGGAAGCGCAGGAAGCUCGCAAUCAUCGAGGGAUAUCAUCAAGCAGCAAAUGAUCGUUUUGAUAACUACGUGCUGCCAAUCACUUGCUUUUCGACGCUACUUGAGGCUGCCGCUGAGACGGGAAGUAUUGAGGACGUGAAUGCUAUCCAUUCUGGUGCGGUGAAGGCGCUGGGAAUGACUAUGAACAAGAAACACCAUAGUCCUGACGAUCACAGCAAGAUACUCGAGACGUGGAAUGCUAUCAAGGCGGAAAAGAUUGCAACAAAGAGCACUCAUGGAUCUACCUAGAAAAUUUGCUUAGCGAAUGCUGUUGGAUGGGAUUGUUAAACAAACAUAAAGUCCAAGUAGAAGGAUUCCAUUCUUUCUCUGGCGUACGGUAAACAAGAACUUACUACAUAGUAGAUAGAAAUCUUCUUGCAAUCAGAAGAUAAUGAUGAUCUUAA